UAAAGCCGUCGAUAUUCUGCAUUUUCUAUCAAUUUUGAGCUUUGGCUCGAGAAAAUUUUCCCCUUUUCUCUCGCAUUUUCCCAUAUGUCCAUGUCCAUGGCGAUGGCGGGAACUGCAACCUUCACUGUCUCAUCACCCACUCCAAUCUUCAAGACUUCAUCUUCAAGAGCAUUUCAUCUCCCAAUGCGUUUUCCCCACAAAACCCACUCUUUUCCCAGAACUGUCACUACUUUUUCCACUUACCCACUUCAUUUAACCCACUCCCCUCGCAGAAUCCUCAGGAUUCACGCUUUGACUAGUAACGAUAUCAAAGUGGGUACGAACCUUGAAGUUGAUGGAGCUCCAUGGAAAGUUUUAGAGUUUCUUCAUGUGAAACCUGGAAAAGGUGCUGCAUUUGUAAGGACCAAAAUGCGCAAUUAUAUCACCGGCAACACCGUGGAGAAGACGUUUCGAGCCGGAAGUACGAUUGAGGAGGCAGAUGUUUUCAAGGAACAAAAGCAGUACACAUACAAAGAUGGCUCCCAAUAUGUUUUCAUGGACCUGACCACGUUUGAAGAAAUCCGUCUAAGUGAAGCAGAGGUAGGCGACAAGACAAAGUGGUUGAAAGAGGGUAUGGACUGCUAUUUGCUCUUUUGGGACGGAAAGGUUAUUGAUUUUGAGCUCCCAAUCACGGUUCAGCUUAAAGUGGUUGAUGUUGAUCCCGGUCUCAAAGGCGACACAGCUUCAGGUGGAUCUAAGCCGGCAACUCUCGAUACCGGUGCUGUGGUCAACGUUCCUCUAUUCGUAAACAUCGGUGAAGAAAUACUGGUGGAUACCAGAACUGGAACAUAUAUGAGCCGUGCAUGAGUAUUGCCUAUGGAGAAUUCGCAUGAUUUGCUCUUUAGAAAUGUUUUUGUUUAAAUGAAAUAAGAUUUAACAAUGCUCUCUGCACAGAUUGUUCUACUUUGAAAAUUUUAUUAGAGGAAUUUGCACCAGCCGUACCCUAGAGGACUGGUGAGAGGUUGCGGCUUUUUCCGGUACUAAAUGGUUGUGUAUUCUUGUUCUUUUUAUUUCAUUUGUAAUGGAUUUUUGUUUCUUUAA